AUGCCACCCAACGAGCCCAUAGUCGUCGACGACGUCGAGGAGGACUUUGAUGCCGUGGAGGACAACCAGGCCAUCAACGAGCAAUACAAGGUCUGGAAGAAGAAUACCCCCUUCUUGUAUGACACUGUCAUCACCCACGCCCUCACUUGGCCCAGUCUGACCUGUCAAUGGCUUCCCGAUGUCACCGACGUUCCCAACUCGGACUACACUAGUCAACGCAUCAUCAUUGGUACUCACACCUCUGGCCAGGCCAACGACCACCUCAUCAUUGCCGAAGUCCUCCUCCCCAAGAAGGGCGCCGAAAUUGCCGACAAGGCGCUCGCAGACUUGUAUGACGAGGAAAAGCAGGAAAUUGGGUCCUACUCUACUGCUCCCCCUGCCCGAAUUAGGGCCAUCCAGACUAUCAACCACCGAGGCGAGGUCAACCGCGCCCGCUACAUGCCCCAGAACCCGGAGCUUAUUGCGACCAAGACGGUGAGCGGGGAGGUGUUUGUGUUUGACAGGACAAAGCACGAGAGUAAGGCGCCGGCCAACGGAGAGUGUAAACCGGAUAUCAGGCUGAAGGGGCAGACCAAGGAAGGGUAUGGCUUGUCAUGGAGUGGUCUGAAAGAGGGUCACAUCCUGAGUGCCAGCGAGGACACCACUGUCGCCCACUGGGAUAUCCAAGGCUAUGCUAAGAAGGAUCCAACUUUGCAGCCUCUACGACUCUAUACCGGUCACUCUGCCUACGUAUCUGACGUCGAGUGGCACCCCCAGGAUGAAAAUGUGUUUGGUUCCGUUUCUGACGACGGCCAGAUCAUGAUCUGGGACACCAGAGCCGAGAACCCUGCCAAGCCCAGCUCCCAGCUCCAGGGGUCCAACAGCGAGAUCAACUGCAUCGCCUUUGCGCCCAGCAGCCAAUAUCUCUUCCUCACCGGUUCUUCCGACAACGCAAGUACAAUAUACCGUACCGUCGCUCUCUGGGACCUGCGAAAACUCUCCGUCAAGCACCACUCCUUUGAAGCCCAUACCUCUGACGUCCUCCAACUCUCCUGGUCUCCCCACUCUCCCGUCCACUUUGCCUCUGCCUCCGCCGACCGACGUAUCCACAUCUGGGACCUCGACGCCAUCGGCGCGGAGCAGACCCCCGACGACGCCGAGGAUGGCCCGCCUGAGCUGCUCUUUGUGCACGGCGGUCACACGAGCAAGGUCUGCGAUUUGAGUUGGAGUCCUAAUUCGCCGUGGACGGUGGCGAGCACGGCGGAGGACAACAUUUUGCAGGUCUGGGAGCCGUCGAGGCACUUGAGAGCCCCAUAUGAGGCGGAUUACGAAGAGAAGGAUUUGGAGUAG